CCAAUUUGAUCCAGCCCAAAUAGUUAAGAGUCGAGACUUUAGAGAUUGAGCCCAUAUUUUUUAACUACCCGGUUGCAGAAGAUGACGUGUCAACUACCAAAUUCCCUUCUCCCCACAAGAUCGGAAGCGAUUUGUUUCUGGCUUCAGCAAGUCGUCGAUAUGAACGGCCGUAAGCCCCCUCUCCACCGCUGCCACCGCCGUCCAACUCGCCGCCGGCGGAUUGUGUCAAUGAGAGCGGAGGUCAAGGAGAUAACACGGAGAUCAGGAAGAGCGAGGAGUCUCGCCGCGCCACCCUCUACAUUUUCUUCAACUUCUUCCAAACCCGUUGCCGGUGAAAUUCCCGGAAUGGCGGCUGUAUCUAGGGAUUGGGAGCUACUGCAGCAAAUUAAUCCCUCAAAUCCCCUCGACUCCAAGAAGCUCCGUCUUCUUUCCUCUCCCCGAGAUCCUUCUCAGGUUUUGCUCCUGCUCCUUUCUUUCAUCCUUAAUUUUGCGCCUGCCAACUUAUUUGCGACCUGAAGCUGAUACAGUUUGUGAUUGUAUAAUUGAAUGGCUAGCAACUUUUGAAAUUCAAACUGGGAUGUGUUGGUCCGUCCAUUGAUCCAUUGUGAAUGACCGAUUUUUCUGAGUCUUUUCGACCUCUUGGUUCCGUAGGAACAAGUCAGCAAGAUUGAGAAAUAGAACCAUCUGAUUUGAUUCGUUCUCAAUAGCCAUGAGUUGUGUUGGGCGGCCAGGUACGGACGUAAUAAGAAGGUGUUUGAGAAUUGCUCUCUUUUGGGGUUGGGGGCAAACUUCUUUUCUAUUGCAAUGGAUUUUUUAUUUAACUUUCAGAAAGUGAAUUCUACACCUCCGUCUGUAAAUGGGAAUAAUCUUUCUCUUGGGUUCUGCUUAACCUCAGAAGAUGUUUCAGUUCAGCAUGCCCAAGUUCAUUGUGCUUAAAUCAGCGGUUUAAUUGAAGGUUUUUGGCGGUUCAGUUGUGGCUUUUAGCCAAAGCCAUUGAUGAACCUAAUUACUAGUUUCAGCCGUGCUAUUGUCUGUCUGUCAGUUCCGUUCACUGGAUUCUCCGCCAUUUGCUGGCUCUAGUGAACAAAUCUGAUUCCUUUCUUUCCCUGUCCUGCAUUUUUUUCUUCUUAUCUUUAGUAGUGGAAAAGAACGGAAAUUUUGUAAGUUUAGGCGACACUAUCUUCUUCUAAAAGAUCACCCCUCAAGAAACUCUCCCUAAAACUUACCAAUCUCACAAGUAUUUUUCCAAGUCGGAUUCAAACUUCUUGUCUUAAACAGUAAGCUUAUUUCCUAACCUGGUUAGGGUGCUUUGUUUGAUUCAGGAAGGAAUACAAGCUUGGUCAUGCUGUGAUAUGAUGGCAGUGUGGAGUUGACCAUGGGCUCUAUUUUAAUGCUGGAGCUGGCUGACUUGACCAAUUAGUUACCAAUGCUGUUGCGGUAAUUGUUUGCCUCAUUUCAACCAAUUGUGUCAGUCUUAAUGAGUGAGCAUUUUGCAUUAGCAGCUAAUAUGGUUUGGCCUAAUUGGGCUGCUGGCCUUUAAGUUUUAUGCAUUGUCUCCGUUUUUUUUCCAGGAUAGGGACCAAUGCUGCAUCAUCAUCAUGUGCAUCUAAACCUGGGUGUGCUUCUUCUUAGGAAAGUAUGAUUGUGAAUAAUUGCAACCAUUUGUAGCUGUUUGGUGGUACAGUUAGUUACCGUUUGGAGAAUUGAUUUGAGACUGGAAAAGCAAGCUGAAACUAGAAUUGCUUUGCAGCUUUGGUGCUAGAAAAUGAACAUGAGGGUGACUAAUUUCCGCCGCCAGUAAUAACUUGUGAGUUGCCUGCAUCAAUGUGAUGCUGUUUAUAACAUUGGCCAUAUGAUUUUGCUGGUUUUUCUUUUUGAACAUUUUGCAAUAUGUAUCAGAGAAAUAGAUGACUGACAAAUUGUGCAACCUAAAACAAAUGCCUGCCAAAACUGAUACAUGCUGUACCAUAUCUUGCUUUCACUUGCCCUGUCUAUUAUAGGAUCUGCUUUUACGUCCCUUAUGACUCUUUAGGUUUACCACUUUCGUCUCACGAAAUUCUUUAUCUCGCCAGGCAUGAACUUCUGCUUUUUGAGCCGCUAUGAGAAGGGUCAGGAGAAGAAAUGGAUAGGGAUAAUCGGGGUUGUAUCAUGGGUGAAGAUGUGGGUCACUAUGGAGGUUCUUACAAGGUAACCGAAGGGUUUGAAUCUUACUUCCAGUCCAUCCCUGGAAUUUAGAUGAUCGCAUGCUGGACACCUGGCAAUGCAAAAGGGCUUGAUGCAAGCUGCUAUGCGAUGUGAGAACCCGGUGAUCCUUUUUGAGCACGUGCUGCCUUACCACCUAAAGGAAAGAAUCCCUGACGAAGAGUACAUCUGUGAUCUGGAGGAAGCUGAGAUGGUUAGGCCAGGGGAACAUAUCACCAUCUUGACCUACUCUCUAAUGAGAUAUCAUCUUAUGCAGGUUGCCAAGACUUUGGUGAACAAGGGAUAUGACCCUGAAGUGAUUGAUAUCGGUCCUUGGAACCUUUCAAUCUUCACACGAUCGGAAACUCAAUGAAGAAGACGCAUCAGGCGCUGGUAGUGUAGGACUGCACGAGGAUGAAAGGGAUUGCUGCUAGCUUGACGCGGCCAUCAGUGAGAAGUUCAUUGACUAUUUGGGUGCCCCAAUUAUGUGUUUGUCAUCACAGGAUGUGCCGACACCUUACGCUGGGUCAUUGGAGGAAUAAACAACUGCGCAGCCUGCCCAGAUUGCAACGGCAGUUGAGCAGUUAUGUUGGUAAAAUUGGCCCGUAGCCAUUAGAGCAGCCUGCAGCCGUUGUUGAGGUAGAGUUCUCAUGCCGCCUUUCUACUUUAUGUAUUUUGUUUUGGUAUAGUUUCUUGAACAGCUUGCUCAUUGAAUAUUCAGCAAACAAGUUUGACUUGAAGAGAUGUUUGUCAGUUAACUGUUGUGUGUGCAUCAGGAAAGCAUACAUCAUUGGUUUCACUAAACAGUAACAAUUUUCUGAGUAAUGGUUGUUUAUAUUCCGUAAAUGAUACAUAUGGAUGAACCAACAACAUUCCCCUAACACAAAUUAAGUUUCCUCAACAAUAUCAAAUAGUGCAUUCCCAUUCUGAAAACAAGUGUAUCCCACUGUCAAGUCAUCCAACAAAGGAACGAACUUAAAUCAUCAAACAUCAUACCAUUUUACUAUUUUCUGGCCUCUCUACAGAGCUAACCAUCAACCAACUUCAAACACACCUCACAUGAAGAUCCUUCAGAGAAGUAAUUGACGACUUUGUCGGGUAUUUGAUUGGUGUACAAAAUCAAGGACUCCAAUCUGUUGAAAGGAGAUGGAUGUUGUUCCACAAUCUCAAACGUAUUAUUCAAUAUCUGCAAAAAAAAAAAAAAAAAAAAAAAACACAGCACAACUUAAAAACCACAAAAAAAAGGGACAUGAUGGUACCUGCAAUUAACACUACAUACACCAAGCACAUACCUCAACGGUAGAGCCACGCAGCGUCAAGGUUUUUGUACUCUGCACGCACAGGAACAAGGAGCUCAGGCAGUAACCUACCAUUCUCGUGAACAGCUGUUUUGGACUGGAAAUUGGAUGAGAUAUUUCAGUACAAUCCUUUUUUUUUUUUUGGUAUUUCGGUCCAAUAAUGUGUUUAGAAAGAUGAUAAAUUUCAAGAUGAGUGAUUUUAAUAACUCUCAAUUGUUGAUUUUUGAAAAGAUGUUCACAUCAGCUAUUUUGCGAUCUCCCGUUGUUUUUUUCUUUUCUUCAAAGCUUACCCCUCUUCUAGUCGACUUCCUACUGCUUCCUACUUAUUUCUAACAACCUGAGGCUUUAACAAUGUUGGUGCAGACUGCAGAGGAUUGAACUUGCAUGAAUGAUGGAAUUACACCAAUGCUGUUGUGGUAAUUUUUCACCUCAUUUCAACCAGUUAUGCAAGUCUUAAUGAUUGGGCAUUUUGCAUUAGCAGCUAAUAUGGUCUGGCCCAAUUGAGCUACUGAACUUUAAGUUUUAUGCAUUAUCUCCGUUUUUUCCAGGCUAGGGGCCAAUGCUGCUGCUACAUCAUAUGCAUCUAAACUUGGGUAUGCUUCUACUUAGGAAAGUAAGAUUGUGAAUAAUUGCAACCAUUUAUAGCUGUUUGGUUGUACAGUUAGUUUACCUUUGGAUGAAUUGAUUUGAAACUGGAAAAGCAAGCUGAAACUAUAAUAGAUUUGAUGCUAGAAAAAUGAACAUGAGUUCGUUUCAUUUCUGCCCCCGCGUAAUAAACAUGUGAGUUGCCUGCCUCGGUGUGAUGUUGGGGAAAACAUUGGCUAACAGAUGAAAGUAUGUUACACUACAGAAAGAAGGCUUCUGUUCAUGCAAUCUUCGCUUGAUAAAAAUUACCUGUGCAUUAGUGGUAUAUUGUGAUUUAUGAGAAGUGUUAUAGAAACAUAUUCACCAGUACCCGACCAUAUGAUUUUGCUGGUUUUUCCUUUUGAACAUUUUGCAAUGUGUAUUAGAGAAAUAGAUGACUGACAUGUGCAACCUAAAACAAAUGCAUGCCAAAACUGAUGCAUAAUGCACUAUAUCUUGCUUUCAUUUGCCAUGCCUAUCAUAGGAUCUGCUUUUACAUACCUUAUGACGGUUUAAGUUUGCACUUUCGUCUCAUGAAAUUCUUAAUCUCAAUAUUUAUAUGCCAGGCAUUAACUUCUGCUUUUGGAGGCCCUACGAGAAGGUCAGCAAAAGAUAUGGAUAGAGGGAUAAUCGGGUUUGUAUCAUGGGUGAAGAUGUGGGUCACUAUGGUGGUUCUCACAAGGUAGCCAAAGGCCUUGAAUCGUACUUCUAGUCCAUCCCUGGAAUCCAGAUGGUUGCGUACUCGACUCCUUACGAUACAAAAGGGCUUGAUGAAAGCUGCUAUCUGAAGUGAGAACCCGGUGAUCUUUUCUGAGAGUGUGCUGCUUUACAACCUCAAGGAAAGAAUCCCAGACCUAGAGUACAUCUGUAAUCUGGAAAACGAAAGGGACUGCUGCUAGCUUAACCAGGGCCAUCAACGAGAACUCCAUUGACUGUUUGGAUGCUCCAAUUAUGUGUUUGUCAUCACAGGAUGUGCCGACACCUUACGCUGGGACAUUGGAGGAAUACACUAUUGUGCAGUCUGCCCAUUUUAUCUGUCGUUGAGCAGUUGUGGCAGUAAAAUUGGCCCUUAGCCAUUAGAGCAGCCGUUUUGUGGUAGAGUUCUUGUGCAUGAAGGGUGGGAUUUCCCGGCAUUCUACUUUAUUUGUUUUGUUUUGGUAUAGUUUCUUGAACAACUUGCUUAUUGAAUAUUUAGCAACUGUUUUGCACAUUAGGAAUCAUACAUCAUAGGUUUCACUAAACAGUACAAUUUUCUGAGGAAUGGUUGUUCAUAUUCCGUAAAUAAAAUCUUACACAAUGU